AUGCCAUCAAGCAUUAUGUAUAUUCUGUGUAGCUUCUUCUCGUUUACACUGCUGUUUCAUCCUUCAAGUGGAUCAUCACAACAUCUUUUUGCUGGUGAUUUUCGUGCACCACAGGCACCAGCUGCCAUUCUAGCCGAAUAUCAAGCUUCUUACGUUCAACAUAAAUGGGAUGCAACUGGUAUUUCACAUAUUUCAACGGGUAUGAUCUAUGCCGGUCAAGCUAAUAAUCGUCUCCGUAUGGAUGUGACAUAUGGAGGUGUAAUUGCUAGUUCUUUUUUUGACUAUGCCAAAGCAAAUAGCGAUGGUACAGUUCCUAAUUAUAUAUAUACUUUGUCGCCGUCAACAGCAACGGCAGGUUCAUGUGCGCAUUAUAAUUCAACACCAGCUUAUCCAUUAUUUCCACCGACAAUUCUUGCUGACUAUCAAGCAACGUUUGCUGGCCUGAUCACAGAUGAUCUUUUUUAUGCUAACCGGGGAGCUUUACAAGCUUGGGAUAUUUUAUUUGGCGGAAUGGUCAGUGUGACAUUCUUUCUGGACAGUAACAAUACGGUUGUCAGAAUGGAUUUUUCAUCACCUGCACGUAGUACAUUUACAACUACGCGUCUUUUCAAUAUUGUACCAGGUUCACCUACUGCGAAUCUUUUUGCAAAUCCAUGUCCAACAGACUCACCGACACCAACAUCAUCAAGUGGACGUCGAAGUGUUUAG